AUGUCCUACCCAGUUCUUGUUUUCUUCCAUGGUGGUAACUUCCAAACUGGGUCCGCCAACGACUGGCCAGCUCAUGGUUUGGCAUCGCGUGGCAUUGUGGUUGUAACUGUAAACUAUCGUCUGGGUGCAUUAGGAUUUAUGAGUCUUGGUGAUUCUACAACUGGAAAUUUUGGUCUGAUGGACCAGCGACUUGCGCUGCAGUUUGUACGUGAUCACAUCUCAUCCUUUGGUGGCGAUCCUCAAGCAGUCACGGUAGCAGGGCAUGAUGCUGGAGCUGUGUCGGUUGGAAUGCACAUGCUGUCACCACUUUCAAAAAGCCUUUUUCGAUCCGCAGCGAUGAUGUCCGGCUCCGAAGUUUCGUAUCAUUCUUACAUCGGCAAACCCGCGCUGGCCUUCAACAAUACAAUCAAGUUAGGCAGGUAUCUGGGAUGUACACAGUCGAUUGCCUACGAUGUUUGGAAUUGCAUUCUUACUCGAUCUACGAAUGAUAUCGUGCGAGCUACGACCGAUAUUCCCAUAGAGUUCAACCGUUACCUUUUCCUCCCUACCAUAGAUGGUAUGAAUAUUCCUGGUAAUCCUCUAUGGAUUUUGAACAACGCACCGACAGGAUUGGCAGCUAUUCCUAGUGCUGUUCCAUUACUCAUUGGAAUGAAUGCCCAGGACGGAACGGAGGUAAAUUGAAU